CUUAAUCUGAUGAGCCACCCAGCUGCCCCCUGGGGUUUUCUUGACAAAUACACUGAACUGGUUUCUAAUUUCCUUCUCCCACUCAUUUUACAGAUGAGGAAACAGAGGCAAACAGGUUUAAGUGACAUGCCCAGGGUCACCCAGCUAGGUUGGGCUCCCAAAGAAGACCUCAUCAAACAUCUGUUGAAUUAAAAUAACUGACGUCAGCCCUCAGUAGGACCUGCUUGGUUCCUGAGACAUGAAUUCAGGUUUGGAGCUGUCACCGGAAAGGUGACUUAAUGUUUGAAUUGGCCAAGGACCCAUAUGACAGGUAGCUCAGCUAUUCACAUCUGACAUGGGCGUGUCCCUUCCCUACGUCAGCCAUCUCAGGGUGUAACCCUGAACUUUGACAAUCCCGAUCAAGAAAUCACAGAUGUGACUGAAUAAGAGUCCUAAAUCAGCGUCAUAGAAGAGGGCAGGGAAAGAAAGAAGGGUUCUCUUUGAUCCAUUCUGAGCUUUUGAAAAGACGAGAUCACAAAACCAAAAUCAGAACACAAACUUAGAACUGGAAAGAACUGUAAGAAUUUUAAAAUUCUAUUUUAUUCAUUUUACAGAGGAGUACAUUGAGGAACAGAAACUGUGUCUUGCCGAAGAUCACAGGACUCAAAGCAAUUCCAUCUCCCCUUGCCUCUCUAGGACUCUAAGAGUAGAUCCAAUCUCGUUAUAUCCUUGGGAGUUAAAACUGGAACAUUAUUCAGAAAGUGAUUUGACGAUUGGCCUUUACCUGUGGCAUCCCAGUGCCCCUCCCCAGAGUUGUGGGUAGAGCCAGGCCAGCCCCUCCCAACUGCUGGCAAGCAGCCAGGAGGAACUUCAGCUGGAAAAAUAAAGCACUGAAACUUCCUGAGAGAACAGACUUUUCCAGAAGCAGGACAAGAGAGGAGUAGACCAGCCCCAGCCCCAAUCCUUCAGGUAGCUCUUUGGACACCACCAUGUCUGUCCUAUACCCAUCCCUAGAAGACCUGAAGGUGGAUAAAGUCUAUCAGGCUCAGGCUUCUGUGAUUCCCAAGAUGCUGGCCCUCCCAGCCCAGGAAACUUCAUCCUCACAGCCCGUUUUGUACCCAAAUUUGGCCGAAUUAGGAAGUUACAUGGGUCUCUCUCUCUCCAGUCAAGAAGUCCAAGAGAACCUGGCUCUGACUCCAGGAGGCGACAGUCAAGGGGCUGCUCCCACUCCACAAGGUCAGAUGGUAGCCCCAGUGACUGGAAAUAACUCAGGCAUGCGAAGAGCUGAGAUCAAGCCAGGUGUACGGGAGAUCCACCUGUGCAAGGACGAGAAGGGGAAGAUGGGGCUUCGUCUGAGGGCCAUUGACAAGGGCCUUUUUGUCCAGUUGGUCCAGGCCAACACUCCAGCCUCCCUUGUGGGCCUGCGCUUUGGGGACCAGAUCCUACAAAUUGACGGGAGAGACUGUGCUGGUUGGAGCACAGACAAGGCCCGCAAAGUGAUGAAGAAGGCUUCACAUGAGAAGAUCGUCAUGAUUGUGAGGGACAGGCCUUUCCAGCGAACUGUUACCCUGCACAAGGACAGCAAUGGCUGUGUGGGCUUUGUGAUGAAGAAGGGGAAAGUGAUUUCCAUUGUAAAAGGCAGUUCUGCAGCCCAAAAUGGGCUCCUCACCAACCACUAUAUCUGUGAGGUGAAUGGGCAGAAUGUCAUUGGGCUCAAGGAUAAAGAGACUACAGAGAUCCUGGCCACAGCUGGAAAUGUAGUCACCCUCACCAUCAUCCCCACGGUGAUUUAUGAGCACAUGAUUAAAAAGCUUUCUGCUACCCUGUUACAUACUUCCAUGGAUCAUUCUAUUCCUGAUUUCUGAAGCCAAGGACCUGGGCAACCUCUUCUGGCAUUUCAAAGGAUGAGAUGGGAAAAGGAGCACCACAGUUCACAUCCCUCCAAGAGUCCUCCCAACCCUUUUGGAGGGACACUUCUGCCAUUUCAGAGGAGGGUGGGUGGCGUGGGAAGGAGCAGCAUCCCUUGUUCUGAUUUCUUUUUCUUCUAGCCAGCGGAGAGGGAGUUCUUUGACCCUGCUGCAGCAGUUGGGAAGACAGAGUCCUGGGGGGACCUAUGAAUAUCUAGGGGUUAAGGAAAGAAGUGGAAGCUAGAGCAAGUCCCUAGCAAAAUCUUCAUGUUUAUGUACCUGGAAGAAUGAAUUCGGGGCAAACACUAAUACUCAUGUAGUCUUUUAGGGCCUUCAGGCAUCAAGCAGAGAAGGAACAAGCACAGAUACAACCCAUUUCACAUUGUAUUUGCAAAAAACUUGAUGAAGUAACAUUAGAGGAGGAUUUCAGCUCAAAGUAGAAGCAGAGCUGGAAGGGAUCUGGGACCAGAGUCCAAUCCCACAUCACUUAGUGUCAAAUUUAUUAUUGUGAUACAAUGAAGCAGAUUAAUGUUCCAGGAAGUUAAAUGUUCCAAAGCACUCAAUUCUGCAAUACCUCCCCUUGCUUGUUACUUCAGGAUUUUGUGCCAUUUCCAAUUUUGUAAAACUCUUAGCUUCUGUCUUAGAAUUGAGACUUAGUAUUGAUUCCAAGGCAGAAGAGUGGUAAAGGGUAGGCAACGAGGGUUAAGAGACUUGCCCAGGGUCACCCUGGGCUAGGAAGUGUCUAGCUGCCUCACAAUUUAUUGUGGAUCUAUUGAUGACAUUGUUGUAGAGGUGAUAAGGACGUUGAUGUUAUAGGGGCUAUCCCUCCUGUAUGCUGGGCAGAAGACCUAGGGGAGAUGAAGGGCCUCUGGGCAAGCCCCUUGUCACAGUUGAUCAUUAUUACUGAAAUAGGUACUUGGUCAGUUUGAACCUUGACCCUCAGAUCAAAAGGGAAAGAACUGGACAGAGCUCAGUCGUCUCUCUUAGUGCUUUGCCAUUUUGCAAUAGAACGUUAAGAAAUGCUUUUAAAUAAAGUGAGUCCUAUGAUGAUGAACAAUCAAUCAAUCAUAUUUCUUAAGCACCUACUGUAUGAUAGGUACGAUGCUUUAUUGUUUGAUUGCUUGAAAAGGAUUUUAAAUAGUGUGAGAAACCCUUUAUAAUAAGCAAAGAGAAAGAGAAAAACAUCCCAACAGGACUGAUUAAAAUCAGCACUGAAAAGCAGUUCAUUUCAGAUGAAUUUCAAUGACCAAUCUUGCUCCCAGAGAACAUAUGAAGGAACAGUAGGAUGGGUGAGAGUUCUCCCUGUCUAGCCUAGACUCCCCAUCUUGCUCUGGAGCUUCCUUUUACCUUCUCCACUCUCACCCCCACAACUUCCCAUUGCCAGCUCUGAGACAUCAAUCUUUGCUCUAUGAUGGCUCCAUUCUUCAUCCCUGGGUCUUCCCAGACCAAAACAAUCUUCCUUAUCCAUAACUCUUCUUUCCUUAUUAGAAUAUAAGCUGUUUGAGGGAAGGGAUCAGCAUGCUAUUUGUACUUGGAUCCCCAUUUGUUUCACAAUAUCUAGCACACAGUAAGUGUCAAAUAAAUAAUGAUGUAUGCAAUCA